UCCACCAUUCAUACCUCGCAUUGUCUAGUCGUUCAUUCAAUUGCCGACCUUCUCCACCAUUGGUGGCCGUAUACUGGCUUGCCGCCGGUAUUGCAAAGUUUUUCUUAUCUUCGCUUGUGCUUCUAUUAACGUGCCAUUGGUUAAUGACGUUCUACUUCUUGAGGCUGUUACGCUUCUUGCUUUCUUUUUUUUUUGUUACCACCAUGGGUUCUAGAAAGUGGUGCGCUUGUUGUUCUUGUUCUGCGGUCACAAUACUGCGAUAUAUCGCUAUUGGGUCUCAGUGCAGACUCUUCACGUUCAUGCCGCUUGGAGUUCUAGGAAAUGGCGUGCUCCUCGUCUUGUUUUUGUUCUGGGACUCACGGUCACGGUACUGCGAUAUAUCGCUAUUGGGCUCCAGUGCUGACUCUUCGCAUUCGACAGUGGGGCCCGCCGACUUUUAUCUUCUAUCGCCUGCUAAUAGCUAUCUUGACGCUGAAGCAUAUGAAUAUCUGCGAUAAGUUCCGCAGUCGGUAGAAUGCACGUGCCGCUGGGACAGAACUAAAAUGCGUAUCACGCCACCACCAGUACAAGAAAGCCUCAUUCGCUUUAUAAGCGCCCAUUUAAUCUUGUGCUGUACUUAUCUGCGCUCGCAUUUCACCACUAACAA